AUGAGAAAUGAAAAGGAAAAGGUCCCAGUUAUAUGUGAAAAACUUGGCAUAAAAUUAACUACAAGGGAUUUGAGACAUACUGACUCCAGAGUACAACUUCAGUCCCUAAUGGUCCAGUGGCUCCCUCUAUCAAGCACAGUACUUAACAUGGUUUGCGAAAAACUCCCAUCGCCAAAAGAAAUUCUACCAGAAAAGGUAGAAAAAUUAAUGUGCUCAAGAAUACGUGAUUUCAAUUCCUUUUUCCCUGAAACACAGAAAUUAAAGGAAGACUUUUUAGCCUGUGAUAGUAGUGAAGAUAGACCAAUAAUUAUUUUUAUAUCUAAAAUGUAUAAUGUUGAUAAGAGUAUAUUGCCGGAGAAUAAGCCAAAGGUCUUGACGGCUGAGGAGAUGGCUUUGAGGAGGGAGAGAGCGAGACAGCUACGAGAAAAGAAAGAGAACAAUACUGUUGAAGUUGCUCCUUUAGAAGAAGAUAAAAAAGAAGAUGAUGUAGAAAAGACCAGUGAAGAAGAUCAGCCAGUAUUCAUCGCAUUUGCUAGAAUAUUUAGUGGGAAAGUAAAGAAAGGGGACAAGGUUUAUGUCCUUGGCCCUAAACAUGACCCCGCCAAAGUACUUAGUAAAGACUUCCAAGUAGAUCCUAAUAAGAAACUUAAAGACUUGCAGAGUGAUGAGCAUAUCACUUGCACUGAAAUCAAAUCCCUUUAUAUUCUAAUGGGACGAGAAUUAGAAAUGAUAGAUGAAGCAAUUGCUGGGAAUAUUAUUGGUAUUGGCGGUUUAGAGGACCACGUACUUCGAACGGCGACAUUAUCUAGUACGAUAGCUUGUCCAGCAUUUAGUGAGAUGCAAUACUCAGUAGUACCGAUAUUAAGGGUUGCUUUAGAACCUACUUAUCCAUCACAACUACCUCAAUUGGUUAAAGGUUUAAAACUUCUUAACCAAGCAGAUUCCUGUGUUCAAGUGUUACUACAGGAGACAGGUGAACACGUGCUGGUCACGGCUGGUAAAAUACAUUUAGAAAGAUGUCUAGAAGAUUUAAAGAACCAAUACGCAAAAAUACCAAUCACAGCAUCAGAACCAAUCGUUCCAUUCAGAGAAACAAUAGUAGAACCACCAAAAAUAGACAUGGCGAACGAAGAAAUUGACGCCCAAAACGUUAUAGAUAAGACCACGGAUAAAGACGUAGACCCAGUUAUAACGGUGUACACAAAUAACAAACAAAGUAGGAUAAAGAUUAGAGCGAAACCAAUACCGAAUGAAAUAACGGCUUUACUAGACAGAUCAACUGAUUUACUCAAAGCAAUUUCUCAACACAUAAAAACGUUGCAAGGAUUACACAAAAAUGAUAGCUUAGAAACUAAAUUAGAAAAUUUACAAGUUAAUGGAACGAAGCAUAAACUGUCCGAUCGUAUGUUGAAACUUAUUCAGACUUUUAAAGAGGAAUUGCAGGGUAUAUGUGAUAAACUAAGUCCUGAAUGGAAGGAUGUGGUUAAAGAAAUAUGGUCUGUAGGCCCUAGGAAUUGUGGGCCAAAUUUGCUUCUCAAUCAGACUUCAGAUUAUAGGACGAAGUAUCUUCAUCAUGAGCAGGAGAUAAAGGAGGAUCCGAGGUUUGAGUAUGAGAGUAGUUUUGUGAAUGGGUUCCAGUUGGCUUCCUUGGCUGGGCCCUUGUGUGAUGAGCCAAUGAUGGGAGUUGCGUUCUGUGUUGAAGAAUGGUCUUUGGAUAAGUCCGCUGGAGAUGAUAUGGCACAUUUUGGACCUUUGUCAGGUCAAAUCAUGUCAACAGUCAGAGACGCCUGUAGAAAAGCUUUCCAAGCACAACCUCAGCGUCUGAUGGCAGCGAUGUACACCUGCGACAUCGUCGUCGACCAGAAAGUAUUAGGUAAGUCCUUAUUCUCCUUAUGA